AUGAAAGACCUUGGUCCUAUUCGUUACUUUCUGGGUCUUGAGGUUGUUUAUUCUCGUCAAGGUUACUUGGUGUCUCAACAGAAGUACAUAUCUGAUAUUUUUCGACGAGCUGAUAUCACUAAUCUUCGUACAGCCUCUACUCCUAUUGAGCUGCAUCAUUGGAUCUCCUCUUCUGAUGGUGAGCUUCUGCCUGAUCCUACUCGCUAUCGAGAACUUGUUGGUGCUCUCGUCUAUCUGACCAUGACUCAGCCUGAUAUUGCAUAUGUUUUUCAUGUUCUUAGUCAGUUUGUGAGUGCUCCUCGCUCCACUCAUUAUGCUGCCCUCUUACAAGUUCUUCAUUAUCUUCGUGGUACUAUAUCUCGCUCUUUACUUUCUUUGUGA